UGCAUCGAUUGCAGUGGCUUCUAUUCACUUGCUCAGCCGCCUAGUAUGCAUCUUCACUACCAACCAUUGACACUUCCCUCGUCCCUGGUCGACUCAACCCUGUUGAGAUACGCCAACACCUCUCUGCAGACGACCACAGAUGCCGGUCCAUCUUCUUCACCGGCAGGGCAACAGCUGGUAGGUCUUGUAUUGCCCAAAGAUUGA